AUAGCUCUUACUUAUAUCGCUCUUUCAUUUCGGCUGUCCCAAAACCCUUCUUCAAUCUUAGGGUUUAAGCUCGACUGUAAGAGGAAGGAAGAAACAGCCAGUGAAGGUCGUCAACAUGGCUUUUCUUAGUAAAGUUGGAAAAAUAUUUAGCCAGAGUUCAACACGGAUCGGCUCAGAUUUGCGGCCUUCCAUCUUUCAAACUAUUAGAUUCAUGUCAAGUUCGAAAGUUUUUGUUGGAGGCCUUUCAUAUGGUACUGAUGACCAGAGUCUGAGGGAAGCGUUUACAAAGUAUGGGGAUGUAGUUGAAGCGAGAGUUAUAUUGGAUCGUGAUACUGGUAGAUCCAGAGGCUUUGGGUUUGUCACCUUUAAUGCCAAUGAAGAAGCCUCCAGUGCUAUCCAAGCACUGGAUGGGCAGGAUCUUGAUGGUCGUCGCAUUAGGGUCAACUUUGCAACUGAAAGGUCUCGUGGUGGCUUUGGAGGAGGGGGUGGUGGGUAUGGGGGUGGAGGUUAUGGUGGUGGUGGCAAUGCUGGCUAUGGUGGUGGUGGUGGUUAUGGUCGAGGGGGUGGAGGUUAUGGUUCGAGCUAUGCUGCUAACGAUCAAUCUCAAAGCUUUAGUGGAGAUGGAGAUGGAAAUCAGGAUGAUUUUUUGGGAGGAGGAAAGUAUAGAGACGAGGAUGAUAACAACGAUGACUAUGCUAAAAGGGCUUGAGGGAUCUGCUUGCUUUAUGUGAAAAUGACUGCUUUUAGUGUUAUAUCUUGUGCCUCCUUGUAUUGCUGAAUCCCAAGCCUUGCGAUGAUUUUUAUCUUGUCAUGGACAUGUGAUUGAAAUUAGAAAAGUGGUUCAGAGAAUUGACUUCCGAAUCCAAAUCCCAAUUUUUAUUGGAUGGAUGAGAGUGCCUUUGUUUUGUUUAGGGAAUGAGAAUGAAUAAUUCUCUCUA